AUGAGUGCUAAACAGCUGCUGCGGAAGGCCGUGAAGGAGCUGCUCGCUACGGUACCACAGGUGGAAAUUGAACGCCAAUCGCAAGCUAUCGCGGAAGCUUUGGUUCCAAUAUUGGCAGAAUCGCGGAAUGUGGCUUGUUUCAUGAGUAUGGAUAAGGGAGAAGUGGAUACCCAGUUUGUUCUGGAGCAUCUGUUUCGCGAAGGAAAGACAGUGUAUCUACCACGGUGUACUUCGACCCGGGAGACUGGACAUGUGUCCCUGAGGGCGUCCAAACGACACCACCCGCAUCUGACGUUCCACAGGAUGCAGUCGAUGAAGCAAGUCCGCGAGUUGAAGCCACAGGGCAGCUAUCAGCUGAGGGAGCCGGCCAGGGAAGACCCGGCUCCGCUGCCAGCCCGAUUGGACGUCAUGCUGGUUCCCGGAGUAGCGUUCAGGCUGAGCGACGGAGGCAGAAUCGGUCAUGGAGCUGGUUUCUAUGACGAUUAUUUCCAAAGGUACCAGCUGCAACAUCACGGCGACAGGCCGCUGCUCAUCGGUCUCUCGCUGAAGGAACAGAUCGUCGACGAGAUCCCGCUGGAGUCGCACGAUUGGCGUAUGGAUUGCGUGGUCACUGGAGAUGGCCAAGUGCAUUGGAGCAAGAAAUAG